AUGCGUUUCUCGACGGCGCUUUCAUGUGCCUUUACGGCUCUGCUGGCGGUGCCUACCAUGGCUGCACCAUUUGCUAUCACACCUGGAGAUGCCAACCAUGUCAUUCUUACAGACGACAACACCAUCAACACCACAGAGUCAAUACAAGCAGACGCAGUAACAGCCGCUGCGUCACGUCCUCCGGUCAACAUGUUCGCCGCUGUAGACUCGGAUUAUAUCGAACUGUCUUUCGUCAACAAGAUGGCAAGCUCAAAUGUCAGGGCAUAUGUUACAGGUAGAGACAGCAACAAUGCUCUCGUCAUGUUACAUCCCGACGGUACUUGGUACUAUCCUCCAGCUACAUCAGCCACGACACCACAACCCAUCACAGAAGACGUUGCUAUUCCUCUCGGUGCCCAAGGCUCGACUGUGUCGAUCUCUCUUCCUGGCUACAUCAGCGCUGGCCGCAUCUGGUUUGCCGAUGGCAACUUGCAGUUCUUCACCGUCAAUGCUGGUGGCCAAGUCGCUCUGGUCGAGCCGUCUGCCGUCAACCCUUCCGAUCCUUCGUCAGCUGUCAACUGGGGCUUCAUCGAGUUGACCUACCUGGAAUCAGCCAUCUACACCAACCUCAGUUACGUCGACUUUGUGGGUCUACCGCUGGGUCAGAAAUUGACUGCGUGUGACGGCACUGUCCUGCAAGCAGAAGGUGUCCACACCCAAGCCGUCGAAGACAUUUGCGCCGACCUCGAAGAGCAGACCUGCAUCGAUGGAUAUCCAUGGGCUGACCUCUGCGCCGUUGAUGCAAACUCCAAUGCCCUGCGCGUACUUGCCCCUUACGAUUACAUUUCACUAUACCCAAACGCCUUCUCAGACUACUGGACCUCCUACGUAAACGACGUGUGGAGCCACUACGCCACCACCUCACUCACCAUCGACACUCAAGUCUCUGCCGGCCUGGUCAACUGCAAAACCACCGGCGACUACCUCUACUGCGACGGCGACAACAGACCCUACGCCAAACCCUCGGCCGCCGACAUCUUCGGCUGCAACGGCGGUCCCUUUGCCAUCCAAGCUUCCGAUAACGACGUCCAUCGUGCUGUGGUGCCUAGACUUUGCGCUGCCUUCCAUCGCUCGACUCUGCUGCUCAGUGGAGGUAACGUUCAACCCAUGUCUGAUGUGUCGGGCUACUACACCAAGAGCGGCAGAGCUGCCAACUGGUAUAGCAAGUACGUGCAUGACUAUGAGGUUGAUGGCAAGGGCUAUGCGUUUGCAUAUGAUGAUGUCACGCCUACUGGUGGCGUUGACAUGGCUGGGUUACUUUCUGUGGCUUCGCCUUCGCAGCUCGAGGUCACUGUUGGCGGUGUUUGA